AUGUUCGCCAAACCUAGACCGAAAAAGAAUCUUCUGCCACCCCCAAGUAAGAAAAGAAAGGCUACGUCGACUAUUGAAGAGAUAUCAUUCAACGACGAUGCCCGCACAGAAUUUCUCACGGGUUUCCACAAACGCAAACAGCAGAGAAUAAAGCGUGCCCAAGAGGAGGCUGCAAAGAGGGCUCGCCACGAAAAGCUGGAAACACGGAAACAGAUACGAGAAGACAGACGAAGAGAAGUUGCCGAACAUGUCGAAACUGUAAAUAGAAUACUGCGAGAGUCUGGGGCUGUUUCUACACAAACGGAUGAAGAAGAGAAAUCCACAGAGGAUACGGACGAGUGGGGUGGCUUCCCAGACAAGCCAGACUUGGAUCUCAUCGAUCACGAGGAAGAAUACAUUGAUGAGGAUAGGUACACUACUGUCACAGUUGAAUCAGUUUCAGUCGCACGAGAGGGACUUAGCAGACCCGAUCAGUCCGAACAUGAGGUUGAGGCUGAGGCUGAGGCUCGCCAAAAACGUGAGGAAGCAGAAAGGAGAGAGGCAGAGGCCAAGGACGGGAAGAAACCAUCAUGGCAGAAAAAAAAGAAGAAAAAGUUUCGGUACGAAUCAAAGAUUGAACGACAGCUGACAGAUAGAAAGCAAAAAGCAAAAAGUAGACCCCGGAGAGAAUAG